UGUAAUGACCCAAACCCAAGCCCACUAUCUCAAACCCGCACAGGCCCAAGCCCACUCGAAAUUACCCAAGGAGGAGGGUCGCCGGAGCUCGUCACCGGAGUAAACGUGCGCAGUGAUCACGUCCAGAUUACCACCACCGACCAUCACCCUAGACCACCAUCGCGUUCCUCUCGACGAGACGAAUCCAUAGCCACCGAAAUCGUCGCAAUCGGAGCUCAGACGAAGCCGUACGCGCCUCCGGAAGAUCAGCCCGCGCGCGCGCGUGAAACGCACGCUCCGCCGCCUCCGCCGCCCGUCCGCCGGAGCAGCCGCGCCCGGCCGCCGUCAGUUCGCCGCCGGGAAUCCGCCGCCGCGUCGCCGCCGCACCGCCGCCGCCGCCGGUGACUUUUCCGAUUUGGAGUCUAUUUGAGCAUCUGGAGUUCGUAGAUACCACUUCUCUACAUUUUCUAAGGUGAGACCACCGAGCAGGAGUGAUUCUACUAGACGGAUGCUUUUGAGUGCUUUUGGGCUUUUGGGCUUUUAUCACUUCUACCGCUAUCUACUUUUAGGCCUUCGGGCUUUUAUCUAUCGUUUAUGUUAUUUCGUAUUUUCAGACUUACGGAUUUAUGUCGUUAUCUAUGUUUCGGAUGUUAUCUUUAUUUACGGAUUUGACCUUAUGAUAUUGUGAUGACGUGGAUGUUGACUUUGGAAUAUUAUAUAUGGAGAUUAUUAUUAUUAUUAUUAUGAUAUUUUAUUAUUAUCGGAUUUUCGAGAGUGACGGGUGUCACAGUUUUUGGUAUCAGAGCCGUGUUCCGUCCCGGUUCUGUCCCGGGAUGGCGAUUUUUGGAGACUCGGUUUUUAUUCGGUUUUAAUCGGUUUUAAAAUAUUUUUGGGGUUUGGGUAUUUUCAAAAAUAAAAACCAAUAGCACCUCUCCGUUCAGUACACUCCUUUAAAUUUUCCGCAGAAGUUAACAGAUUUGUCUUCCUUUCAGAUGCCGCCGAGGAGAGCUACUCGUGCCCAGAUCGCCAGAGAUGCUAGAGAGGCACAGGAUGAGCAUGUUCAGCCCGCCGUUCCUCAGGUUGACCAGGAGGCUAUGAGACAGAUGGUUCAGGAUGCUGCUAGACAGGCUGCUCAGGAGGCAGUUCAGCAGAUUGCUCAGGAGACAGCCAGGCAAGCCGCUCAAGAGGCUGCCCGAGUAGCUGCACAGGAGGUUGCUCGUCAGUUGGCUGCAGCUCAGCAAGGUCCUCAGGUUCAGAUGCAGCAGGGUCCGCAGAUUCAGGUUCAGCAGGCUCCACCAGUUCAGGUUCAGCAGGCUCCACCAGUUCAGGCUCAGCAGGAUGAUCAGAUUCCCGAUCAGCAGGCUCCUCUUCCUCAGAUCCCAGUGCAGCGUGUUCCAGCUCAGCAGUUUGCUCAGGGUGUUCAGGAUCUACCGCCACCACCACCGCGACCCCAGGUUCGCCAGGCUUAUGAUGAGACAUUCUACAGAUUGACGCGCCAUAUGAGAGACAUGGAUAUGGAGCAUUUUAGCGGGACAAUAGAUCCCAUAGCAGCGCACGAUUGGAAGUUAGCGCUUAAGCGGAAGUUGGAGAUUAUUGAGUGUCCACCGGAGUUGUCUCUCAGAUUGACUAUGCAGUACUUGCGUGGAGAUGCUCUUGUUUGGUGGGAAGGAAUUCGAUUGGAUCAUGAUGGACUCGAGAGACUUACUUUUGAAGAUUUCAUCCGGGAGUUUGAUAGGAAGUACUUUCCGGAAGAGGCUAUGGAUAAGCAGAAGAGUGAUUUUGAUCAUAUAAGCCAGGGGGAGAUGUCAGUAAGAGAAUAUGAGCGGAGGUUUAACCAACUUCGCAGAUUUGCUGGAGGUGGUAUUACAGAAAAAGAUUUGAUCAGGAGGUUUUUAAAGGGGAUGCGAGUGGAUAUUCGCAACAGAUGUCGUGUUGUUACUUACCAGAGAUUGGGAGAUUUGGUGGAGAAAGCCGCUGAGCAGGAAGAAGGUUUAGCAGAAGAGAAGAAGCUUACUAGAGCUGCUCAGAUUAAGUUUGGGAAAGCUCCGGAGUCCCAGAGGAGAGCAGGAGACCACUCGGGAUCACCGAGAUGUCCUCGUUGCCACCGCAGUCAUAGUGGGCAGUGUUUGAGGUGCCUUGUUUGCGGUAAGCCAGGACACAUUGCGAGGUUUUGUCGGGUUAAGCCAUUGGAUGCGCCACCAGUCGGACAGAUUACCGCGCCAACAGCACCAGUAGCGGCAAACCAGUUUUGUUUUGGCUGUAACCAGUCGGGUCAUUUCGUCAGAGAUUGUCCCAGGAGGGGCAAUGCAGCGCUUCCACCACCACCGAAGCGCCUAGCCAUCGCCCCACGUGUGUUUACGGUUGGAGAUGCCCAGGGAGCCGAGCCAAUAGCGGGAUUGGUUUCGGUUGGAGGUGAGCCAGCUCACACCUUAUUCGAUUCGGGAGCUUCUCACAGUUUUGUGAGUCCGCGUUUGGUCAAGUCGUGGUCAUUCCGAGGUGUCUUCGAACCGAGGGCUAAGCAGAUUCAGACUGCCGGCACAGAGAGAUUAGGAACGAUCGGAGUUCAUCGUGAUGUACCAGUUAUGCUUGGAGGAGUUGACUUGCUUGGAGAUUUGACGGAGAUGGAGAUGAGUUUCUACGACGUCAUACUUGGGAUGGAUUGGUUGACGAGACAUCGAGUUGUAUUAGAUUGCCCGGAAGCAAGAGUUAGUAUUCCAAGAGCAGAGGGAAAGAUUACAUUUGAGGGAGCCCAGACAUAUCAAGGGGUUUCUAUCGUCUCCAUGUUGCGUGCAGAGGAUUUACUAGACAAAGGAGCUGAGGGAUUUUUGGCCACCAUUUCGAUGGUUAAUGAUGGUGAUCAGCAGGAGCUGCAUGAUAUUCCAGUAGUUGCUGAGUAUGCAGAUGUUUUUGAGGCCUUAAAGGGGCCACCGCCAGCUAGAAGUGACGUCCUUACGAUCGAGGUGGAACCAGGGACAGCACCAGUUUCACGAGCUCCUUACCGUUUAGCUCCAGCAGAGAUGGCUGAGUUGAAGAAGCAGUUGGAGGAAUUAUCAGGUAAGGGUCUUAUCAGGCCGAGUACUUCACCGUGGGGAGCACCAGUAUUGUUUGUGAAGAAGAAGGAUGGGAGUCUCAGGCUUUGUAUCGACUACAGAGGGUUGAACAAAGUUACCAUCAAGAAUAAGUAUCCACUUCCGCGUAUCGAUGAGUUGUUAGAUCAGUUGCAGGGAGCUUCAUGGUUUUCUAAGAUCGACUUAGCGUCAGGAUACCAUCAGAUUGCCAUAGCUGAGGGUGAUGUGCGGAAGACGGCUUUCCGUACACGCUAUGGACACUAUGAGUUCGUUGUGAUGCCAUUUGGGUUGACGAACGCACCGGCAGCAUUCAUGAAGCUAAUGAAUGAUGUGUUCCGCGAGCAUUUGGAUAAGUGUGUGAUCGUUUUCAUCGACGAUAUCUUGGUUUAUUCUCGGAGUAGAGAAGAGCAUGCUGAGCACUUACGGAUUGUGUUGGGGAAGCUCAGAGAGCAUCAGUUGUUUGCUAAGUUGAGUAAGUGCAGCUUCUGGCAGAGGAAGAUUGGAUUUUUGGGUCAUGUGGUUUCAGAAGCGGGAGUUUCUGUAGAUCCGGAAAAGAUUAAAGCUAUUUCAGAGUGGCCGACACCUAAGAGUGCGACAGAGAUCCGCAGUUUUCUUGGUUUAGCAGGGUACUACAGGAAUUUUGUCAAGGGUUUUUCUAGCAUUGCAAAGCCAAUGACAAAGUUAACAGGCAAGGACGUCAAGUUUGAAUGGACAGAUGAGUGCUCGGAGAGUUUUGCUGAGUUGAAGCGACAUCUGACACAGACGCCAGUUUUGGCACUCCCGAGGCCAGGGUUUCCAUACGAGGUUUACACCGAUGCAUCAGGUACUGGAUUGGGAUGUGUAUUGAUGCAGGAGGGUAAAGUCAUUGCUUAUGCAUCACGACAGUUGAGGCCUCACGAGGCUAAUUAUCCUACGCACGAUUUGGAGUUAGCGGCCGUUGUCUUUGCAUUGAAGAUUUGGAGAUCAUAUUUGUAUGGAGAGAAGGUGAAGAUUCUCACAGAUCACAAGAGUCUGAAGUACAUCUUUACUCAGACGGACUUGAACUUAAGGCAACGCAGAUGGAUGGAAUUGUUAGCAGACUAUAAUUUGGAGAUCACUUAUCAUCCGGGGAAAGCCAAUCAGGUGGCAGAUGCUUUGAGUAGGCGCAGAAGUGAUGUUUCAGGAACCAGAGAGGUUCAGGAGUUUACUGGGAUGCUAGCUAGUCUCAGAUUGUGUGCCACUUCUGUAGACGGAGAGACAGUUGGUCUCGAGGCCGUGGAGCAUGCAGAUUUGCUAUGGAGGAUACGCAAAGCUCAGGAGGCAGAUGAGGCUUUGCGUAAGCAGAUUGAGAUCGAGAGUGUUGGAUAUCAUACAGCAUCGAGUGGGAUGUUCAUGUACCGGAACCGGAUUUGUGUGCCCAGUGAUGAGCUGUUAAGAAAGGAGAUCUUACGGCAAGCACACCACUCGCGUUUCUCUAUUCAUCCGGGGAAUACUAAGAUGUACAGAGACUUGAAGCGUUAUUAUCAUUGGCCGGGUAUGAAAAAGGAUGUUGCUACAUUUGUAUCGCAGUGUCAGACUUGUCAGUUGGUGAAGGCUGAGCACCAGGUUCCUAGCGGGUUAUUGCAAAACCUGCCGUUGCCGGAGUGGAAAUGGGACAUGGUGACUAUGGAUUUUGUAUUGGGGUUACCGACUACUUCCGGAGGGAAGAAUUCCAUUUGGGUAAUUGUGGAUAGAUUGACCAAGUCAGCCCAUUUCUUAGCGGUUAAGAAGAACGAUGGAGCGAGUCAAUUGGCGCAGAUUUACAUCGAUGAGAUUGUGAGAUUGCACGGAGUUCCUGUCAGCAUUGUAUCGGAUCGAGACGUGAAGUUUACGUCCAUAUUUUGGGGAGCCUUUCAGAAGGCACUUGGGACGAAGGUCCAUAUGAGCACAGCUUACCACCCGCAGACCGACGGUCAGUCUGAGAGGACUAUUCAGACUUUAGAGGAUAUGUUGAGAGCUUGCGUUCUAGAUUGGGGAGGAAGUUGGGCAAAGUAUCUACCUUUAGCGGAAUUUGCCUACAACAACAAUUAUCACUCGAGCAUUAAGAUGGCACCGUAUGAGGCUCUUUACGGUAGACCUUGUCGCACUCCACUUUGUUGGACAGAAGUUGGGGAGCGACGUGAGAUAGAACCAGCAAUGGUUCAAGAGACGGUAGAGCAGGUAGAGAUGCUCAAGAGACGGCUUAAAGAAGCCCAUGACCGCCAGAAGAGUUAUGCAGAUAAGCGGCGAAAAGAUUUGGAGUUCCAGGUUGGCGACCUGGUAUACCUGAAAAUGAGAACGUUUCAGGGAGGAUCUAAGACUCGGAAGCUAAAGAAGCUUAAACCGAGAUACAUGGGACCAUUUCUUAUUUUGGAGCGGAUUGGAGCAGUUGCAUAUCGAUUGAAGUUAUCAGCGGAGUUAUCAGAUUUUCAUGACGUGUUUCAUGUUUCCGUUUUGAGGAAAGUCGUUAGAGAGCCAGAGCUCAUUUUGCAGCAGCCACCAAGUGAUCUUGGCAAAGAUUUAUGUGCACCGUGUACGCCAGUGGAGAUUUUGGAUCGCCAAAUGAAAACAGAUAAGGGUAUGAUGACCAUGUUGGUCAAGGUUCGUUGGGAGAGAGACGGGAUCCAGGAGGAGACUUGGGAGCCCGAGCUACAAAUGAGGAUUGACUAUCCAGAGUUGUUUCAUGAUGUUAUUGGACAGUCCGUCGGUGACUCGAAUUCGGGGACGAAUUCCGUGUUAGUGGGGGAGAAUUGUAAUGACCCAAACCCAAGCCCACUAUCUCAAACCCGCACAGGCCCAAGCCCACUCGAAAUUACCCAAGGAGGAGGGUCGCCGGAGCUCGUCACCGGAGUAAACGUGCGCAGUGAUCACGUCCAGUUUACCACCACCGACCAUCACCCUAGACCACCAUCGCGUUCCUCUCGACGAGACGAAUCCAUAGCCACCGAAAUCGUCGCAAUCGGAGCUCAGACGAAGCCGUACGCGCCUCCGGAAGAUCAGCCCGCGCGCGCGCGUGAAACGCACGCUCCGCCGCCUCCGCCGCCCGUCCGCCGAGCAGCCGCGCCCGGCCGCCGUCAGUUCGCCGCCGGGAAUCCGCCGCCGCGUCGCCGCCGCACCGCCGCCGCCGCCGGUGACUUUUCCGAUUUGGAGUCUAUUUGAGCAUCUGGAGUUCAUAGAUACCACUUCUCUACAUUUUCUAAGGUGAGGGCUCUUUCCGAACUUCUCGUACCCGACUUAGGAUUUCGAAUAAAUAUAAUUUAUUUUUAAUAUGUUCCGUCUGCGUGAAAUCGAGUCUGUCAUUGCUUGUUUAGUUUAGGUUGAUUGCUUAAACCGGAACUAGGGUGUUAGAUGGUUCAACUUGAUUGCCUCACUUAAUGCAUUUUCUUAGUUAGAACUUUUUAUGACGGAUACAGAGACGUAAUUCUGUAUGCCGGAUUGUGUGGCGGUUACGGCCAGCUAUAGUCGACCGGCUGGUCCGUAACCUGGAAGUGUCGAUAAAACGUCUAAGGGCGGUGUCCGAGCACUAUCUCGAGUGGAGUAUAUUUAUUUUUUUUGUUUGCCCUUUAGGGGGCGGCGAGUGCGCGGCUCGCUAGGACCAUUGUUUGAUGUUUGGGUACUUUAGGUACCGUGAUUGUACGUAUUAAGAUUAAAUUAUUUUUUAUCCGUAAUGCUAUGUCUAUGUCCAUGAAUUUCGGGAUUAGCAUCCCAUACCUCACUGAGCGACUCCCCUGUUGCUCACCCCUCCCUUCUUUCCCCUUUCAGGUGAGACCACCGAGCAGGAGUGAUUCUACUAGACGGAUGCUUUUGAGUGCUUUUGGGCUUUUGGGCUUUUAUCACUUCUACCGCUAUCUACUUUUAGGCCUUCGGGCUUUUAUCUAUCGUUUAUGUUAUUUCGUAUUUUCAGACUUACGGAUUUAUGUCGUUAUCUAUGUUUCGGAUGUUAUCUUUAUUUACGGAUUUGACCUUAUGAUAUUGUGAUGACGUGGAUGUUGACUUUGGAAUAUUAUAUAUGGAGAUUAUUAUUAUUAUUAUUAUGA